CAGCAAAACAUUUGCAAAUAAUUCAAUCCAAAGUUAAAAAUUAACUUUAAUUUCAAAUAUGCGUUCAAUGAUUGCUAUAUUGACCCUGCUAUUUGUUGUCUUCACUAUUGGUGACUCUAUUAAUGUAAACCAGAACUAUGCAAAAACAGUUCCUCGAGUCAGCCCAGAAUUUAAGGGAACAUUUUCUGAGGACUUCCAACAAGGGAAAAAUGCGUCAACAUUUGCCCUGGAGUCUGCCAAUAACUGCUGGGUCUGUUAUAAUCCCUGUGCUAUGAUCUACUGUUGCGAUGAUGGGUACCCCCAGUGCUGUAUUGUUGGCGGUUAUUGUGGCUGUUGUCGCGGAUAA